ACGCACUGCCACUGCAGUGAUAUUCUUAAAUCGUCCUUCGUAUGCCGUGAACUGCUGUUUUCCUCCGUCCUCAUUACUACAUACUUAUAUAUAUACAAUGGCCGCUCACCAAUUGACAGAAGACCACAUUGCUGAAUUCAAAGAAGCGUUCUCGUGGUUUGACAAAGAUGGCGAUGGUACAAUAACUGCUACUGAGCUGGGAUUCGUCGUUAAGGCCCUUGGAAUUCCAGCAACCGCGCAAGAACUAGAAGACAUGAUUGAUGAAGUAGAUGACGAUGGCAACGGAACAAUUGAUUUCCCGGAGUUCCUAACUGUCAUGGCAAAGAAGCUGAAAGAAGGUGACGAAGAUGAACUUCAAGAAGCAUUCCGGGUGUUCGACAAAGAUAAUGGUGGCUCAAUAUCUUACCAAGAAUUACGUGACGUCAUACGAAAUCUUGGGGAAGAUUUGACCGAUGGUGAGAUAGAUCAAAUGGUACGUGCAGCUGACAUCGAUGGAGACGGAGAAAUUGAUUUUGAAGAAUUCCAGGCUAUGGUCAUUCCUCAUCCAAAUGCUCCAAGAAUAUAACGGAUAUAGAUUUACUACAAAUGUUGUAUGUCUUUUUUUAGACUUCCGCGCAAUGGUGUUACCGAGAGAGUAGAACACUUGUCGUUAAUGUACACGAGAAGGUCGUAUUUACGGGGUUUCACAUCUAUCACGUGAUAUAUGACGCACCUAGUACUGCAAUAGACACAGCUUUUAGUUGUACGUCGUCAAUCAUUCCAUAAGUUAUACAUUCACCAAAACCAGUUAAUGAACUGAACCUUUGUUGAUGUAGACCAGUCAGUACAUAGUAAACACAUAGUGUUUUAGUGACUCAAUAUAAGCAUAGUUAUCAUUUUAUAUUUAUAUAUAAACUAUAAAUGCUAUUGCUUUUGGGCUUGGCGUGUAUACAUUGCCACAUAUGUGUGUUAUAUGAAUAUGUACUUCCACAGGCAUGUAUUUAGUGUUGUGUGGAGGCCAGCUUUUGUUCUAUUUAACCAUUAUGUUUCAUUUCGGCUGAUCAAUUUUCUAUUUCUGAGGAAGAUAAUUUACAAGCUUUAAAGUGCAAAUGCGCUAGAUUUAUGUUAUAAUUUUACGGGAUUAUUCUCGGUACGAAAUCAUGUCAACAUGUGUAGUUUACUUUAAUAUAUCGUGAAUCAGCAAUUUUAAUUCAUUCCCAAGUAGAUAGUCCCACAUACAUCCGCCAAUAAGUGUCAUUACAGUUGUGUUUUGUCACGCUUUCUUAAUCAACACGUUGUUGGUUACAACAACCAGAUUCCAACACCUCCGAGCAUUUUGUGAACCGACCAAUGCUACCAUGGGUAUUUUGUCAUGUAUAUUUAUAGAGAUGUUCAUUCGUUGUAGUAGAUUUCACCAAUUGUAAAUAUGUAAAAUAACACUAGAUGUAAUUCAUAUCAUCAUCGUUCUAUAUUUUAUGAUAUUUCGCACCCUGGUGUUUACUUGGGGUUGGCGUUCAUAAGAAAUUUAUAAAAUGCAAUAAAUAUAAUCUAUAUAAGCUUUAAGUGAAUGCAAUACCGCAUAGUUGUUUGCAUUGUAUAAAUACAGUCAAUUCUUUGUUGGGGUCAAAGGUGAAAGUUGUACAAUAAUAAAAAGUGUUACAGAUCGUCGUCGUCACUUAUUUUUCCCAGAGAACAAUACAUCAAGACACACCGAUGUUGCUUGUCAUGUCGGAAAUGAUACACCGAAAUGAAUGAUUAUUAAUAUAAAUGUAAAUCUUUUAAACGACAUUAAGCACAUUGGUAUUUGUUGCUGCCUUGUUCCAUUCAAGUGGGCGCUUUGUCCGAGCUAACCGUUCUAAGGGUCUAGCCUGUGUUUUAAGAGUGGGUCACAUUUUGCUCGUACUUGCUAUUUCUUAGCAUAUACUAAGUGUUUGCGCAUGAUUUCUUGACACGGGCUAACGUUUUUAAUCACAUAGCCCGUGGCAAGAACCUGUGUAUGUAACUAUCAUCUCUUGAGGUAUAGGUCAUCCUUAUUAUAUGGAAUGAAAUCAUCGAAGUGUUCUCUCCUAUACUGGUUACACGUCACUAUAGUAAACAGGGUAAAUUAACGUAUUAUAUGUAUUAUGUACAUUUUAUUACUCAUUAUAAAUGUUAGAUAUUGUUUACAAUUCUACAGUAUAUUUUGGACCAAUAAAAUAGGAUUU